AUGAGCCGUCCGAAAGCGCUCCUGUUUGAUGUCUUUGGUACUGUCGUCAACUGGCAUGCUUCCGUCAUUGCCGAGCUCGAGCGACAUACACAGCAAACGAAAUUGACCGACAUCGACUGGCAGCACUUUGCCGAAGAAUGGCGGCGCGGCUACAUGCACCUUACCAGGCAUGUCGCGAACGGCGGCGACGGUCCUUCGGACAUCGAUGACAUGCACAGACAGCUUCUUGAUGAGCUUCUCGAACGAGAUGAAUACGGCCCGAUCGCCCGAGUCUGGACAGAGACAGACAAGAGCCACAUCAAUUUGGUCUGGCACAGACUGCACGGCUGGCCAGACUCCUCCCAAGCGAUACGGCAACUGCACGAUCAUGCCAUCCUUGCCACGCUCAGUAACGGCUCAACACGAUUGCUCGUUGAUCUCGCGCGAUUUGCGGAUCUACACUGGGAUGCCAUCUUUGCUUCUGAUAUGCUCAAGACGUACAAGCCCAACCCUAAGAUGUACUUGGGUGCUUGCAAACUGCUCGGACUGCAGCCCUCCGAAGUUGGCAUGGUGGCAGCGCACAUCUAUGAUCUACAAUUCGCAAGCAAGCACGGCCUCCGCACUUAUUAUAUCAGGCGGGCAACAGAGGAUGUGGGCGUACCAGAAGGCGGCAAUGCCGUCAAGACGAAGCAGGACGGCGGAGAAGUCGACUAUGUCUUCAACGAUCUGCAAGAGCUAGCAGAUCACUUUGCUUCAUCAUGA